UAUAUAUAUAUAUAUAUGAAGAAAAAAUCUGGGGAGCCCUUAAACUAUUGUCGUUAUCAAUUUUUGGCCCCUCAUCUAAAAUUUGUUUCCGAUUGAUCCUUAAACAAUUAAAAAUGCAUACUUUGAGAACUUCCGAUGACUUUAAGCACAAAUCUGACCGGUAUUAAAGGAGAACUGAAGAUGAAAAGAAACCAUCCAAAACUACAGCAGCCAUCAGCAGCAGCAGCACGAGUGCAAGUCCAGGAAAGUAGCUAUUCAGGUGGGGGUGGAAGUUCAACGGGAAGUGGCAGCUAUUACAGCACCAUGGCGAGUUGCAGCUCUGCAGGAAGAGGAAGCCAAAGCAAAGGGAAGAUGUGGGUUGAUGAGUCUGACCGGCAAGAUGAUGAACUUUUGGCUGUUUUGGGCUAUAAUGUCAAGGCAUCAGAUAUGGCUGAAGUUGUACAAAAGAUUGAGCAACUUGAAGAGGUUUUUGGUAAUGCUGAAAAUGAUAGUUUAUCCCAUCUGGUUUCCGAGACCGUUCAUUAUAAUCCCUCAGAUCUUUCAUCCUGGCUUGGAUCUAUGAUUUCUAAACUCUACCCGGAUAUGUCUUCCAUCCCUGAUUCUUCUGCAAUUUCCGAUGAAUUUAAGCACAAAUCUACAAAACAUGAACAAAUAAAGAUGCCCUUUGAUUCCGGUCAGAUUUGUGCUCAAAGUCAUCGGAAGUCCUUAAAGUAUGCAUUUUUAAUUGUUUAA